CUUUGGCAUCAUUCACGGUUUAUUUUUGCUUAGUCAACGGCUUGGUGAGCGAUUCAGCCGGAUCCGUCGGCAGAACUAUACCGCAUUUGGAUAAGCCCUAGCCGUCCUGGAGUGCUCCAAGACACACGAUGACUACACUCUCCGUCGUCUUACCGGUUGUCUUCAGCUGCCUAUUCAUUUGCAUCGCUGUUAUUUCUUUCUGCAUCUGUGCCAGCAAUCCAGAAUUGCUUGUCACGCGUUACUACGACGAAGAGAAAGUCGAGAACGCGGGCGUUGUUGAGAGUGCAGCCAGAGUCGAAUCCGCAGGCGGUGACGCAGGACCCGCAGAGCCGCAGCCGGUUGACCAACCCCCUCCACCUGCCGAACGAGAAGCACCAGAGGAUUCAGCACCACCACCGCCUCCUCCCGCAGCGGCAGAGACAUCACCAUCACCAUCACCACCAGAAGGGGCUACCGCCGAAGCUGGACCCGAAGUUGAAACGGCUGCAGCAGAGGGCGGACCCAAAGAAAGCGAUCCAGCAGUUGAGCAGGAGGAAGCGCCAACUGCAGCCGCAGACGCUGAAGCAAAGCCUGAAGCUGAAGCGACCGAGGGACAACCUUCGACGGAAAAGGAUUGAAGAGACGCGCGAAAGCAUCAGGAAAAGGAUUUUAGUGGAAUACAGCAGGCAGACCCAGCUUUUGCUCCCGUGAAUCACUCGUUUACCCCUGUCGAAACGCCCCCAGCCGAUCCGCAAGGCAUUGACAUCAUAUCCUGCGAGCGAAGUAUUACAGACGCGUUGAACCACCUCCUUUUCCACGGAUCGCAACGCAUUCCUUCAAUCUAUCCUUAGAGAUGUCUUCCUAUAGACAACGGUAUGUCAAUUCGGUUCCAUCGAUGACAUCGUGUAACCGGGGAUAAAACUGAUUCAUCUUUCAGAAAUACGGCCGCGGCCCUUACAACCCUAGCGAUAAUUUACAAUGCCGUUUCGGCUUAUCUUCUCUACCAACUCCCCGAUGACCCAUACCAUCUUGCUUCCAAUUUCUCUCUUUAUGCAUCAUUCGCUGGGCUUUUGAGCAUUCUUGGCUUAGUCGGAGUUGUCAAGGUAAGCUAUCAUCAUCA